AUGAGACGCCCUGGAAAAGAAGACCCUUACGAGAAGAGAAAGUCUCUCAACCUCGAUCGCGAUGCUCCCCGAGAAAGGAGAAGAUCUCCCACGUACGAGCGAAGUGAACCUCGUGAAAGCCGAAGGUCUCCAACUUACGAGCGAGAUGAUCUUCGUGGCAGCCGAACGUCUCCGCCGUACCAGCGAGACAGUCCUCGCGACGGCCGAAGGUCUCCCACGUACGAGCGAGACAGUCCUCGUGAAGGCCGAAGAUCGCCAACUUCUGGCAGAGAUAGUUCUCGUGAGAGCAGAAGAUCUCCUUAUGAGCGUGAGGACUCUCGUGACGUCAUACGGUCUCCAUCUUACGGCACCGAUGAUCCUCGUGAAUUUAGAAGAGAGUCCUCAUAUGAUCGUGAUGAACGCCGCCGCGAUGAUUCUCGUGCGCAGAGAAGCGCCCCUUCGUAUGAGCGAGAUGAUCAUCGGGUGAGCAGAAAUUCGAAGCCCUAUGACAGGUCGAGUUCUCGGAAACAACGAAAGUCUGGCGCUUACGAUCGGGAUGGGAGUCGUUCGCUUCCCGAUAGCGAAAAGAGCGCGCCUGGGGACCGGGAACGCUCACGGCUCGAUCCUAGGAAGGAUCCAUACGGGGAAGACCCUAGAGACAGAAGGGGCUCCUCCCCGCUUGAGCCUGAGAAGGGGAGAGAGAAAAAUCAAGACCGACCAGGAAUCAAUGACAAUGGAAUAAGUGCGCCGGAGAGAACAGGUACUAAGAACGGUCCACAGUCUUCAAGAGAGAGGUCUAUGAUCGACGUGGAUCGCAGAGUACCUGAUUCAUCAAACGUGCAGCAUGAGAUGGGCGGCCGAAGUCCUGCUCCGUCACUGAAGUUCAGGUCACAGGCUGUGCCUGCAAGACAAGAAGAAGCAAGCUAUCGAGACGGCAAGAAACGCCGUUUUGAUUCAGUGAAUGACAACUCACGGGAGGCUGGCUGGACCGCAUCUAAUGGUACAAGGACACAGGACCCGCGUUCCAGCGAGGGCUCGAUCCGGUAUGAGUCUAGUACGGGCAGCUCUCAACGAAGACGGCUUCUGGACAGGAGAGAUUUAGAAUUCAAAGGCCAAGAAAGUCGCAAGGAGCGCUCUGGUGAAGAAUAUCGUCGCAUAGAUGCGGGACCCUCCAGCCGCAUUGACGGGGAUGGGCGCACACCUGACGCCGUUGCUGCCCGCGGCAGCCCCCGGACAUUCAAUCCUGAGGAGCAUCCGAUUGUUUCUCGAGGCUAUCUGAACACGCCGAUGCCAGUUACGGAAUGGCGAGAACUCAGACACUCCGUGUUGAGCGGCACAUCAGAUGUUGACAAAUUAGCUUACAAGAUGAUGCAAGAGCUCGUUCUAUCGCCAGUGCUCGGAAUCAAUGAAACCUUGUUGGCACCGCUUUCUAAAGCAAUGAUGAGUGCUGUGAACAAGCACUACGUUACGCCCCAUGGAAUUUUUGCCAAGCUCAGUGAUUUUCCGACGGGUUUAUUGAGAAUGGAUCCCAAGUACAACUCAGAACUCAAGGCAGACGCGGAUUGGUCUCAAUAUCAGACCCCAGAAUACCUCGCGCUCUGCCAGUUUCGUGACAACUUGGAGUAUACAUUUGACAAUCAUCGACAUCAGACUAAGCCUACAAGUAAUUUACGAAGUGAUGCUCCACCUCGCGGAAGCUUUGGUGCCAGGAAUCAACGAAAGGGACCCGGGGUGCCCUUGGACGGGAUGUCUUCUCCUCGUUAUCAAGAUGCUGUGGCUACUGACCCGCUUUACACAAAACUCAUCCACCACUACACCACUUGCGACAUGCAAAGCCGCUCUGCGAAUAUGUGA